GAGAUAGAAAGAAAGGGGAAGGAGGAGAGAGAAAGGAAGGAAAAGGGAGAGAGAGAGAAGACCAAACCAAGAAAACUCUCAAAAAGAAAAAGAGCAAGCUGGAAUCACAUGGGCUUGUUCUUGUUCUUGUCUCUCUUUGUUUCUCUCUCUCAAUCUCCUGGGUCUUCUUCCUCCUCUUGCUUCUUCCCUUCUCUGUCGCCACACCAUGAUCUCUCUAUCUGAGUAAGAAAACUUGGGACUCCUGUCUCUGUCUCUGUCUCUAACCAUGGCUGAUGAUAAGGAAAUGUCUGCGCGAGUUGUGGAUGGGAGCGAUCCGGUCACUGGUCACAUCAUUUCCACCACUAUAGGAGGUAAAAAUGGAGAACCUAAGCAGACCAUCAGUUACAUGGCAGAGCGUGUUGUGGGGACUGGGUCAUUUGGUAUUGUUUUUCAGGCCAAAUGUUUGGAAACUGGGGAGACUGUAGCGAUAAAGAAGGUUUUGCAGGACAAAAGAUACAAGAACCGAGAACUGCAGCUGAUGCGGGUUAUGGAUCAUCCUAAUGUGAUUUCUUUGAAGCAUUGUUUCUUUUCCACUACAAAUAACAACGAACUCUUUCUGAACUUGGUCAUGGAAUAUGUACCGGAGAGCAUGUAUAGGGUUUUGAAGCAUUACAGCAAUGCAAAACAGGCAAUGCCACUCAUUUAUGUGAAACUUUACAUGUACCAGAUUUUCAGGGGAUUGGCAUAUAUCCACACUGUUCCUGGAGUUUGCCAUCGGGAUUUGAAGCCCCAAAACAUUUUGGUUGAUCCCCUUACUCACCAAGUGAAGCUGUGUGAUUUUGGAAGCGCAAAAGUGCUGGUCAAAGGUGAAGCUAAUAUCUCAUACAUAUGUUCUCGGUUCUAUCGGGCUCCAGAACUUAUAUUUGGUGCCACAGAAUAUACAACCUCAAUUGAUAUAUGGUCUGCUGGUUGUGUCCUUGCUGAGCUUCUUCUAGGCCAGCCAUUGUUUCCUGGAGAAAAUGCGGUGGACCAGCUUGUAGAGAUCAUUAAGGUCCUUGGCACCCCAACCCGAGAAGAAAUUCGCUGUAUGAACCCAAAUUAUACUGAUUUUAGGUUUCCACAGAUAAAAGCACACCCUUGGCACAAGGUUUUCCACAAAAGGAUGCCUCCAGAGGCAAUUGAUCUUGCUUCACGACUACUGCAAUACUCACCGAGUCUACGAUGCACAGCAUUAGAAGCAUGUGCACAUUCUUUCUUUGAUGAGCUUCGGGAACCCAAUGCUCGCCUACCAAAUGGUCGCCCUUUGCCGCCACUAUUCAACUUUAAGCAGGAAUUAAAUGGGGCAUCUCCUGAGCUCGGUAACAAGCUGAUACCGGAUCAUGUUAAAAGGCAAAUGGGUCUAAACUUUUUGCAUCUGGCUGUGACAUAAUAAAAUACAAGUGAUGAUAGAAAUGAUAUUAGCCAGUUGUUCUAUUGAUACAAAAGGAGUUCCAUCUUUUGUGUUUGAUCAUCAAGCGUUGAGCUCUGACCAGCAACAGCUUUUGUUCUAUCAUGACAAAGUACAGGAUCAGGCGGCUGGAUGGCUGCACCUUCUUGAUGUUUUAUUCUCCACGUUUGUUCUCAUAUCCUAUCCACUUUCCUUCCUCGAAAUGCCUUUUUGUUUAUGUACAUGUUUGAUAGUAAAGAUAGCCUGAGAUGGACUUUAUCAGAUAGCUGCUAGCAGAGGUAAAAAGCUUGAGAAAGUGUUAUCUGUAGCUAGGAAGAAAGGCCUCUAAUAGAACAGCCCAAAAGAAAAAAAAGGGAUGGAUUUGUUUUACUUGCUGUGUUGUUUUGUAUUAGUUUUUCGGUGGCCUUGUUGGGGCUGACUUUUUAAAUAGCAAGACGAUUGCCAUCACUGGCGGUUUGUGCAAAGUAAUGUCAUUGGGUUCUCUUGUAGUGCC